UUCUCCCGUGGUGCCAUUUAAUGGCGGCGUCGUCUCCCUCUCCCUCUCGCCCUAUAAAACGCGAAGGAAAUGGGAGGAGAGGAGGAGGGAGAAGAGAUACAACGCUUCGCCCUAAUUCGCGCUUAGGGUUUCUCUCCGCGGAUCGGAGCACAAGAGGGGAGCGAAGCUUCGUUGUCAUGUUCCCCGGCUCGAUAAAACGACCUGUAGACAGAGAUGCAGAUACACAGUUUUCUCGCUCGUCAGAAAAAUUGGCAGCCUCUACCAGUAAGAGGCACUUGAAUCCUGCAAAAGAUCUGAAUUUGGGUCAGAAUCCUUUCCAAUUUGAGGAUACAAAUAAUUCAAAUCCAGUUUCAUCAUUGGAAACCCCAGUAAAUCCAGAACUGAGCAGCAGGUGGGUCAAGCGCCUCAAAAGUAAUUAUUCGAAUUCUGUCGCGCUUAAUUCGGAGGGAGUAAAAGUCGAAAAUGGCCCACAGAGUGUAGAAAUACAUAACUUGUUUAGCAGAGCUCUUAAGAACAAAGGACCCAAGCCUAUUUUGAUGAAUUCUUUUGAAGAAGAGGCGGUGUUUGUUAAGGAAAAGCAGUCGCCAAAAGCCGGCCAGGGAUCUCUGGGAGUUCCAUUGAAGGAUAUGAAAUGUUGGAUUAAGAGAUGGUCGCGGAAUAAUUCUCAGAUAAUUCCGGAUAAGGAAAGAAUGGAAACAGCAACAAUGAGUGACGGAGAAGAAACGAAGGCGGUUUCUGAAAAAUGCGAAGCGAGGAAGUCUCCAAGUGCUGCAGCGAUGGCGAUGACAGGGAAUAAUGCAGAGAAAGUCCACUCCUGCUGAGUUCGAGAGAAGGUGCACUUCUGUUGUCUGGAAUGCAGGAGGGUUUUAAAAUUUAAAAUUUUAAGAAUGUCCAUGAAUCAAUUUAGUGGGAUGGGAGAAAUUUUCUUUUGGUUGCGAACUGCUGUAGCUGCAACAUGAAAUCAAUGGACGGGAUGUGGUUGCUCCGUAGUCGAGAUUCAAUCGAUUUGUGAAUGAAUCGGUAUGUAUUUGUAGUUCUGAUGCAUAUCUUGUUUGUCGUCUCAUUUGCUUUACCAUCUUCAUUAAUGAAGGCAUCGAAUUUUACAGCCGAUACUGUAAUUUCGAAAUAAACAAUCCUUUUCCCUUCUCAA